GCUUCGAUUUAUCUGUCUCCCAUCGGAAACGAGACAGAGGAGGCUGCUCGACUACGCCAAACACGUUGAGAAUCCUUCAAUCCGGUGGAUUUUUUUGAUCUCAGCUACCUGGGCAUUCAUUCUGGCAGCGGAAAGAUGAAGAGCCGCCGGUCCAGAAUUCCGGAGAUGCUUUCCAAUAGAUUCGACCCGCAGAAAUGGUGAGCGCCUUUUCAGUCUGAAUGGGAUUUUUUGGUGGUUGCAUUAGCGUUUGCCUUCUCGAUUUUUUUUUCCUCUUUCCUUGCAGCAAGACGUCUCUCAAGCUGGUGGCAUCUCGGAUAAAGCUGCUAAGGAACAAGGAGGAGUUGUUGCUGAAACAGAUGCGACAGGAUUUGGCUCAAAUCUUGGAGACUGGGCAGGAACAAACCGCUCGGUUACGGGUUGAACAUGUUAUUAGGGAACAAAAGACUUUGUCAGCGUAUGAGCUCAUUGAGAUAUACUGCGAGAUCAUUGUUUCAAGGUUGCCCAUAAUCGAGGCACAGAAGAGCUGCCCCAUAGACGUGAAGGAAGCAGUAACUAGUGUAAUAUUUGCAUCCCCGAGAUGUGCAGAUAUUCCAGAACUUAAGGAUAUUAACAAACAUUUUACAGCAAAGUAUGGUAAAGAUUUUGUUAAGGCUGCUCUUGAAAUUCGACCAGACUGUGGAGUUAGCCGUGUGAUGGUCGAGAAACUAUCAGCAAAUGCACCUGAUAUUCAGACAAAGGUUAAAGUCCUGAAUGAAGUUGCUAAGGAACAUGGCAUUAAAUGGGAAUCAAAAACAUUUGAAGAGGAAGUUCAGAAACCUAAGGAUGACCUGCUGAGUGGACCAUCCUCUUUCAGUAGCGUGGAAAGAGUGGAAAUUAAAUCCUCUGACGUUAAAACCUCUUUUGUUGGAAGCCAAAAAAAUGAAUCAGCAGCCUCUCGGUAUAAUAUGGCAGCCCAACCACAAGUGGUCAAAUCAACCCUUGACAAGGAAGAGAGUGCUUCCUUCCAUAGCUCAAAUUGGAAGAUGGAGUUUAAGGAUGCAACUGCUGCUGCUGAGGCGGCUGCUGAAUCCGCUGAAAGGGCUAGCAUGGCAGCUAGAGCUGCUGCCAAGUUAGCAAGCCGUGGGAAUGUUUCUAGACAAUCUUCAGGUGGAUCAUAUGAACAAUCAGCAUAUGUUGUCAAAAAUGGACGACCUCAGUCAAUGAAAAGCUCUCAUGUGGAGAGCAAUUACACUUCACAUUUAAAAGCCUCCAAGGAUACUAGUCGAAAGGAUUCUCAUUCUGUGAACCCAAAGGCACCAGAUCUGCACAAGGAUGACUUGAUACAAACAAGCAAAUUAACUAAAGAUCAAACCUUAAAGAGUUAUACCACCUCUAGGGAAAAUCUGAUGUCAGAGAAGGCUCAGUUCAGUAGCUCGCCGAUUGUUAAUGUGCCAUCAGGGAAUAAUUUCCAUGAAGAUAAUGCCAAACCAUAUCAUUAUGCAGGAGAAAGCAUUUCAGAUCCAGGACCUGCAUUCAAUUUUGAUAAUGAUCCUGAUAAUGUUGAUGAUGAUGGCAGUAUGAACUAUGAACAUGGACCUAGCAUGUUUCCUUCUUCAUUGCAUUCUGCUACUGUUGAUGAUAAAAGUGAAGUUGAUUCUUCUGCUGUACAUUAUGAUGACGACAAUAGUGAUAAUGAUGAUCACUGGAGGCGAAGUGAGAGCAACUUGUUGGAUUCAUUUUUGCCGCAACAAAGUUAUGGACCUUCUAGUCACUUGUCAAACAUGGAUUCUUGGAGCCAUAAGGAGAAUGAUGCUCGGAAUAGUGAAAUCACGUCACAGCCCGACGAAACUGAUCAUUCAGAAAAGAUAGAGAAGGAUGAACUUCACUCAUAUUCUGAUGGCAAUGUGCCACCAAAAUAUGAUUCGCCAAAAUAUGACUCUGAUGAACCAAGUUCUGAGAGUGAUGAUGAGAUGGAGUAUCCAAUUCUUUUUGGACAUGUGCGAUCCAGAAAUUUCAUAGACACCAACAACAGCUCAAGUAAAGGUUUCCUAGCAGCACUACCUACUCAUGGAGCGCAUCUCAUGGACGAUACUUUUGCACUUGAUGCAAGCAAGCACCAACAAGAUGCUUUUCAUAAUGAGAAAAAUCUUGAAGUGAAAAGAGGUUCUAAUGAUAAGGAUUGCAGAUCUGGUCUCAGUGUGCACCACCAAACUCGAAGUCUUGGCAAAUCUCAAUCUAAUGAUACAGGGAGAGGAUGGACAGAAGAAUCAGUGAAUGCUAAUUUAUCAGAUGAAGGAUAUGAAAGUGGAAUCUUGAACAUCCGCAGAUUGUCUAGUGGAGUCAGGAACAAAGGUUACACUCGUCCACCUAAUGUAGGAAACAUAAUUGUAGCUUCAUCCAGGGCAACAAUGGAUUCAGAUGAUAUUUCUCUCAAUGAUGAAGAAAUUACCAUCAGUACAUCUGAAUUUUCAACAAGUAUUGAAGUCACGACUGAGGAAAGAACAAGUGAAAUUUUGCAUACAGAUGCUUUCCGGACGAAAUUUAGAGCUUCAAGGACCAAUGUGAACACUAGCCUUGGUAGUGAAGAGCAGCUUGCAAAUAGGUCAUCAGAUGAUCCUGCAUCAACAGGAAGAUCAAUUUAUUCUCAGUCCAGAAGUUCUGAAAAUUUGAAUCAUCCAGUUCUCAAAACACAUCUCCAACAACAAGAACGGAAGGGGUACAAGGAAUCUAAUUUAAGAUCACCAGCGAAAACUAUAAGCAUAGAAAAGGGGGCAAAGCAAACUGAUACUGCCGAGGUUAGAGGGUCAAGAGGCAGUAUUUCAACCUCCAGAAAUCAGAAGUUAAACAUUUCCCCUUCCACACAGAAAUCAACUAACUCUGAAGUUGUAAAUCAGUGGAUCAACAGUCAGAAUUCGCAUGGGAGAGCAUAUUAUGACUCUAAUUUUGAUCACAAACAGGCAGAAGAGCCGGAGCCACAAGCUGCAUCUGUAACAGGUAACAACAAUAUUGUUAAGCUUUCUCGAAGACUGAGGCCCACACCAUCAGUUGCUAAAGAAGAUAAAGUCCCAGACAUCUCAGAACCAGUGAAGGAGUCAAAGACCUCUCUACUAAAUUAUGCAAGUGAUUUUUCCUCUGCUAAAAUAAAACACUCCAGAGAUUUACAGGAUGAAAAGAGUUCCAAGCCUCAACAAUCAUACUCAUUCGUCCAAGAACCUCCACUGAAACAGUCACAGACUGGACAGUCUGUGGUUAGGGAUCGUUCCGAGCGGUCUCAAGGUGAGUCGAGGCAGCCUUCCAUUAAAGAAAAUGAGAAAUCUUCUACGCCAAGUUCAGUUAUGAAAUCAACUUCACGUGAAUCCUCUUUCAACAAGUCUUCUCAUGUUCAUCCAAAGCUUCCCGAUUACGAUUUUAUUUCCGCUCACUUUCAGUCACUCAGAGCAAAUGUGCGCAAGUUUUGAUGUAGAGAGAUCAGUUCUCAUUUUCUUGUAGCACCACCAUAACAUUCAUGAUUGACUCAGUUGUCUCCCCAAAUGAUUGGUCUGAUCCCCUACUGAUGAAAUCCUCCUUGAAUCUAGGGAAACUCAUAGAACAGAUACCUGAGAUACGCCCAACCAGUUAAGGUACUUUUCAUUCAGAUCAAUCGUGCUUGUGUUUUGACUGAGAAAAAGAUACAAAACUGGUUAAUUCCUAACAGCCCAACUCUUAUUUAUCUCUUUAAUAACGUUUCGUGUC